CUUCACCGGGUCAUUUUGUUUUGUGUUGUAUCUUUAUUGGUCAUUCAUACCUAUGUCUCUUGUUCGUGGCACAUGGAACGUUUUUUCAUUUAUUUGGAACAUCGAAACAUCUUUAUCGUCCACUUUUUGAGAACAACCAAAAUAGCGUUUAAUUUACUACCAAAUUCCAGAAAAAAAACUACUGCGAUAAUCAAUAAAGAAUGGAUAUUGGAGAGCUUUUAUCCUUCAAACCGGAAGCCACUCCGAAACGGUCUCACGAAGACGAUGAGGACUACUCGCCGGAGAAACCGCCCAGCAGGCAAGAGGAAAAGAACAGCAAACGUUUGAAACGUAUUGCCCAAGCCAAGGAGGCAGCCGAUUUUGCCAAACCUGAGGAACCCAUACCCCAGUUGAGUGGGGUGGCGGCAGCUCUACUAGAUCCCGAGCUAACAAAUGAGGAACGUAUGAAUAUUCUGAAAUACGUUGAAAGUGAAGAAGCUGAAGGUGAUGUCUUGGACGAACAAGGUUUGAAAAAGUUGCUAUUGGUGUUCGAAAAGAAAAACUUAAAAAAUCAGGAGCUGCGUAUAAAGUAUUCCGAUAAUCCCAUUAAAUUCAUGGACACGGAAGUGGAACUACAUUCGGUAAUACAAGAGUUAAAGGCUGUUGCCACUGUACCAGAUUUAUAUCCCGUUUUGGUAGAGCUCAAUGGUAUACCAAGUCUGUUGGAAUUGUUAAAUCAUCCAAAUACUGAUAUUGCCGUGGCAAUUGUUGAUCUUUUGCAGGAGGUUACAGAUGUUGAUAUUUUGGGUGAAAGUAGUGAUGGCGCCGAAGUCUUAAUUGAGGCCCUACGCAAACAACAGGUCAUUGCCCUUUUGGUGCAGAAUUUAGAACGUCUUAAUGAACAAAUAAAAGAGGAGGCCGAUGGUGUGCACAACACCUUGUCGAUUGUGGAAAAUCUUACAGAAAUGAAUAACGAUAUUGUGGCAGAGGCGGCACAACAGGGCCUUUUACCCUGGAUCCUUAAAAGACUUAAACAAAAACCACCCUACGAUGCCAAUAAACUAUACUGCAGUGAAAUCCUUUCCAUACUAAUACAGACCAAUUAUGACAACAAAUUGAUGUUGGGUGAGCUGGAUGGCAUUGAUAUCCUGCUCCAGCAAUUGGCCUUCUAUAAGAAACAUGACCCCUCUUCGACAGAGGAACAAGAAUAUAUGGAAAAUCUAUUCAAUUGCAUGUGUUCGGCACUAAUGGCCAAAGAGAAUCGUGAGAAGUUCCUCAAAGGAGAAGGUUUACAGCUGAUGAACCUUAUGUUGAGGGAAAAGAAAAUGUCACGAAAUGGUUCCUUGAAGGUGCUCGAUCAUGCCAUGUCGGGUCCGGAUGGUCGUGAUAAUUGUAAUAAAUUUGUGGAUAUCUUGGGGCUGCGUACCAUAUUCCCACUGUUUAUGAAAACGCCGAAGAAAAGUAAACGCCUAUUGUCCGCGGAUGCUCAUGAGGAACAUGUCUGCGCCGUCAUUGCGUCGAUGUUGAGAAAUUGUAAGGGUGCCCAAAGACAGCGGCUGCUAUCGAAAUUCACCGAAAACGAUCAUGAAAAGGUGGAUCGUUUGUUGGAGUUGCAUUUGAAGUAUUUGGAGAAGGUUGAGGCAGUGGAUAGGGAAAUUGACCAGCAACCGAGGGAUGACGACAUCGAUGAAACAGAGGAGGCUGAAAAUAAUUACCUUAAACGUUUAACCGGCGGUUUGUUUACCCUACAGAUGAUUGAUUAUAUUAUCUUGGAAAUCAGCGCCACCUCAGAAUCCAUCAAAUCCCGGGUAUUACAAAUAUUGAAUUUGCGUGGUGCUUCCAUGAAAACGAUACGCAGUGUUAUGAGAGAAUAUGCCGGUAAUUUGGGUGAAGAUGGCGAUGCUGAUUGGAAGGAGCAAGAAGAGACACAUAUACUAUCCUUAGUCGAUCGUUUCUAAACUAGCUUUAUUAAUAAAAACAUUGUUUUUUACCAUCAAGGAGUCAUAGAUAUAAGAAA